GUAUCGACCGUGUGGACGAAUGGAAGAGAGACCGACUGCUGCCAAACUCCUGAAACUCUUACUCUCGGUUUAAUCCCAACGCUGUGAUAGAUCGCGAUGGAUGAAGCUUUGCGUGAAGAUGAGAACGAGGCGCAGCGCAGAGAUGUGCGGGACAGAGGACAGACAUCAGAUCGUCCUGAAAGAACCAAACCAGAGCAUUUACACUGCAGUCAAGGUCCUCUGUCUUCUAUACGAGCUGCAAUCAAACGAACAAGAACAACCUCUCAGAGCGACCAGGCCAGAGACAGAAGGCGACCAGAGAUCACCAUCGUCUCAGCCGAACCUCUGAUCAGUAACAACUGGUUCCCAGCAGGAUCCUCCCCGGUUUUCCCUGCUCCCGCUCAUCAGUCAGGCUGGUCGGCAGACGUCCAGACCGUCUCCCAGCCUCCACCCUCCUAUGACCAGGUGAUCCAGGAGAAGACCCAGGAGGAUCACGUGGUCAGGCCCACUGCAGCCCCCCGCUGGACCAUUACAAGCGCCACACAGACCGACCCUGAGAGGGAAGACACCGCCGCCCCCGUCCCACAAACCAGUGCGGCUCCACAGUCGGCUGAGAAAAGAUCUGCCGGUGAAAAACCAAAGAAGCCCCCGAGGCCGUCGCGGCUGAAGCUAGCGGACAGAGGGCUGCUCUCUGAAGCUGUGGGAACAAAGACCACAUCCACCAACACCGAGGAUCAAAGUGAAUCUAAAUCUGAAGUACAACAACCCAACCGAGCAGAUCCCCCUCACACCAGAUCUGUGACUGUACACUGGGACUUUCCAGCUGAAACUACUUCCUCCUCUUCCAACUCUGAACCUCGCCAAUGCCCAGUUCCGCUUCCUCGUAGAAAAACCCGAAAGCCGGUGAAUUCAGAGGAGGUCGAGGUUCAGUCUUUGGUCAAACUCGGUGAAGACAGUGACGCCGUUCCCUCUGAUCCCGAGGACUUAUCUUCAAAUAAAUAUUUACAGGAGCUAUUAGAGGCCUUUGGUGAGGAGAACCAAUCAGACGAGGCCUCUGCGGGUGAAGAUGCUGUUGGCGAGAUGAACGCCAGCAUGAGUCAACGUAACAUCCGCGCCAGGAUCCAGGCCUUCGAGAGCCAGACGGAGGAGGGAAAUGCGGCUGAACCAGUCAAACCAGAGCCUCGACCCAGGAAGGCCGUCGGCAAACCUGCAGUUGCUGCCAAACCCUCUGCGGCGUUCAAACCUCAGUUCAGUGCAGAUGACGUCUACCAGAACGUCUUGUCCGUACAAUCAGCCCAGAUCCAGGCACCGGACCCGAGACCUCAGCCCCCUAAGAAACCAGUGGGGAUGUCGAUAAAAGAGGAGCUGGAGACUUUACACAGGAAGGGGUCCGUCCCAGGCAGGUCCCGUCCUCCGUUACUGACCAGAGCCGACAGCAUCUACGAAGGGGAGAUUUCACCGAUUCCUCCUGCACCUCCAGUGAAGCCCUUCAAAGAGCCUCUCAAACCAAACCUGAACUUCAACAACCACAACUCGACCUCCAUGUCCACUGAGAACCAGUAUGUGAACACGCCGUCAAAUCACGUCCCAGCGGAGCCUCAGCGCAGUGUGGACAGUAACGGAGUCUCUUUCCCCAGACAGAGUAUCACGAGGAGACCAACCACCAUCAGGGUCCCGAGCAAAACGGCCUCAUUCUCAGAUACUUUUCAGGACAGUGCUCCUCCUCUGCCUGUUCAGAAGCCUGUGGGCUCCAUGAGCUCCUCAGUCAUCCACAGGCAGUUCUCCACACCCGUCCUCCCUUCACAGGACUUUUCCCAAUUCGGACCAGAGCCAUCGCUACCGCCUCGGAGGGCCAGCACCAUCAAAAAACUCCCACCACGCCCACCUCCAGCCAAAACAGGCCCGGGAAGACCUCCCCCACCCAGCCUCCAGGCCGCGGGUCGAUCCCAGUCAGUACCAUGGGACGUUUCUCCCAAACCACAGGCUAAGAAGCCCCGCGGGAAAACACCUGUCUUACCUCCGAGGCCCAAGCCGGGCCACCGUCUCUACAACAAAUACACACUUGAGCUUCCCCAUGGAAUUGCAGCCUGUGACUACAACGGCAGCAACACAGGGGAGCUGUCACUUCAGAAAAAUGAAGUUCUUCUUCUGCUGGAGGAGAUUGACCGUAAUACUUUCGAGUGCCAGGUCGGAGACAUUCGAGGACGAGUCCCCAGGUCUCGUAUGACGGUUAUAACUCCUCUUAGCGCAGACGUGUCCCCACCACAGGGCUCCGCAACAAGCGCUGCAGGUGGAGACGGUUAUGGGCUAAAGGUGCAGGUCAUCCAUGACUUCACCCCAGAGGGUCCAGGAGAGCUGGCCCUGAGAGAAGGAGAUGUUGUGACCAUGGUGGAGCCGGUGGACAGCGAGUGGUACAGAGGAACCUGUCGGGGAUCCUCUGGUUUCUUUCCUGUCAACUAUGUCAAAGUCUUGUCAAAUUCACCUAAAACCCUCCCUGAAAGGAAACCGAGGCCUCCACCUGCUACAGCCAGUGGUCCACGCUGCGUGGCGAGGUUCGACUUCGAGGGGGAGCACAGUGACGAGCUGUCUUUCUCGGAGGGGGAUGUGAUCCAGCUGAAGGAGUACUUCGGAGACGACUGGGCUCGGGGACAGAACGGCGUGAACACUGGGAUCUUCCCUCUUAACUUCGUGGAGGUGGUUGAAGAUCUGCCUCCACCUCCCAGUCGGCAGCAGACAGGGCCCAGGAGUGUACCCCUGCCAGGCAUGGUGGCCUCUCCAGGUGCAAAUAUUGAGAUGGCCAAACCUGCUCAGGCCUCUCAGUCCAGCGUGGACUGGGUGGUGGCUCUGUACGACUACGGGGGGAGUUCAGAGGAGGAGCUGUCCUUUCAGCAGGGCGACUGCAUCCUGCUCACCCAGCACAUUAAUGCUGAGUGGAGCUGUGGCCGGCUCAGCGGCAGAGAGGGCAUGUUCCCCAGGGCUUUUGUUGAGAGCAGCACAGCAGGUUCCCAGUCAUCUAACAGUCAACAGAAUGAAGCUGCUGCUGGGGGAAGAGGCAGAGCUCUGUUUAACUUCACAUCGGAAUGUGAUGAGGAGCUCUCUCUGCAGAUGGGGGAUGUUAUAACCAACCUGGAGACAAUCGAUGAAGAGUGGUUCCUUGGGGAUUUGAGGGGGAAACGAGCGAUGGUCCCUAAAAACUAUGUAAAAGUACUGGGAUAGUACAAAAAAGAACUACGACAGACGACACAAAAAAUGACCACAAGUGGAUUUAAACCUGAGGACAAACCGGAGCUUUCAGCAGUGGAGGACUUAAGUGAACUGUGGCUUUUAUUACCAAUUAGUGCAACUUCUUGUAUCAUCUGUAGCACUAACUUAAAAAUGAAGCGUUUACUGAAUUGAUCAUGUAAUAAAUAUGUAAGAUUAAAUCUGGGUGUAAAUACCU